AUGACCAGCGAGGUUGAGGUGCUCAGGGCGCUGAAGUUUCUAUUUGAGCACCACAAGGCCUUGGACGAGAAGUUGAGACAGCAGGCCCGCGUGCCGGCUACCGUUGCCCAAGCCUUCGAGAGAGACGAAGGUGUGUCUGACGGCGAGGGCGACGGGGUCACCCUCCUCAGCUCGGCCGCUCAGCUGCCGCCCAGCGGGCAGGCUGAUGCCGAGACUCUGUCUGCGAUGCUUCAGCAACAGCUGGACGCCAUCAAUGAAGAGAUCCGAUCCCUCGACCUGUAUUUUGACUGCUCGCUUGCCAGCUCCUGCCCACGCAGCAGAGUGCCCUCCACGCCACAAAUGAGGCGUCGGAGCCCAGCGCGGAACAUAGAGCGGCUGGGCAUCACGCCUCUGCUGCCAGCUCUACGGGAAGAGGUGCCAAAUGAGAAGACCACCAUCAAAUCUGAAACCUCGAGCCCUGCCUCGCCGCGGUCCCUUCGGCUGGACCGGCUGCACACGGGGGCGCUGCGCACGGAGGACAUCAGGGACGCCCGCAACUCGACAGACUCUCAGGACGGCCCCGGGGGCAAACCCAGAAUCAACAGCAGCCAGGACUCGGUGCAGAAUGCCCAAAAGAAGAAGGGCAUCAGGUCCUCCUUCGGCCGCUUCUUUGGCAAGAAGGAAAGGGGCCGGCCUGGACACCACAGCAAGGAGGCCUUAGGACCAGGAAGGAUCUUUACCGCUCGUGCCACCUGGAAAGCCCCAGUGAACACUGACAACUAG